UGCAUUGUCUCCAAAAAAAAUGUCAUCGGCCAUGGACCAGGGAAAAGUGAGGAGAGCAGUAUCCCCAGCUUUAUCAGAAUUACUGGAUCUUUUGAAUACUGCAGCCUAUUCUGGUUCAGAAGACCCUUCCACAGUGGAUGGUUUGGUGGCGUUCCAAAAGAAAACACCACUCACAGCUCCUGAUUUGACCGUUGCGUUUCAACAAUGCUUCCAGAAUCUCUACCCAUCAACUUUGGCGGUAAAGGUGUUAAUCGUUAACUGGUUAUCCAAUCUUCUUAAAAAACCUUCUCCUGAGAAGCAUGCACCGAGCGCAGUGAUUAUAGAGCUAUCAAAGGUGUUUGCCCAGCUCAAUCUCAGUCGCUCAGAAACAGAGGAAUGGAUGCUGCUUCUCAUCAGUCUCUGUGAUCUUACGGAUACAUGUCUCAACAUUGUUCGUGAGCUUCCCGAGGCGACAUUAGUUGAGUUCCUGUCAAGCCCUGGAAGUAUAUCUCUUGCAGCGAUUAUCCUUGAUACCGGAAAGCGAGUGUUCAGACAUGUCGAUAGAACUCAAAUUAAAAGAGAAAGAUCUGAAGGCUACACCCAGUGGAAUCAACGGGCCUUAAACCUAACCAAAAACUUCUUGGAAUUCAUCGGUGAUCAAGUACAGCAAAAUGUCAUACUUCGGAGUCACGCAAGCGACAUGACCAUCGCAGUCUGUAACAUGCUUCUUAGCUAUGCUGAGGAAGCUCGUUCAGAAUACGCAUAUCUUAGUACCACUUUCAAGGCUAUUUGUGCUUUAAUCCCAAAUUGUGGCAAGGACAGAAGAAUUCGCCUUGAGACCGAAAAUGCAGUCAAAUUACUUUGCAAUGGGAUCCUCGGGUCAUGCUUUGACAUUUUGAGUCAAUGCGUCACCGGUUUAGAAGUGACACCCACUUUUCUCAAGAGGCGUUGGACUUUGGCAAGGUUCUACUACGUCCAUCUCAAAAACGUUUCGAGAUGUUUGUUCAUCGACAUAUGUGGCUCUUCGGAUGGUGCGAGGUCAUGCAGGGGCCAUUUACGAUACCUUUUAUUUUUCAUGAGAAGUCGAUUCAUAUCUAGCGAAGUGAUAAACAAGUCCUAUCCAGAAGUCCAGUCGGAAAUCGUAAACUUUGUAAACAGUGUUGAAGAUUUGGUGGUGUCCGCCCUAUUUGCAUCAGACAGAAUUAAGAGCGGCGAUAAAAGUGCACUGAUAUAUGAGUUUUCUUCGGCAUCUGGUCCUCGCAAUGUCCUCCCCCUUACACAGCCUCUGACGGAUUACGAGUGGGGCCAAGGCCAACUAAAAUUUUUGUUGAAGUUGGUUUCAAUCUUUGAAGAGUUUCCCUUAGACCUACAAUUGCAGCUUUACCCUAUUGAAAAUGUCCCAACUCAGGAAUCAUUACUAGACAGAGUGGUUCGUCAAGCGGACGCUAUCGUGCUACGUGAGUUUGGGCCGCCUAUAUCAGACAGUGAUCUCUACUUUCGGAUUCUAUCUGAAUUGGUCACAUUUGCAUACCUUGUACAGCCUAGACAGUUUGUAAAACUGCAAAUCGAUAUGAUUGGCCUUGUAAUAGGCCAUUCCGAUUUAUGGUCGUUGGUUGCGAGGGACUGGUGGUGUUGUAUCGCAGAUAGAUUCGGCCAAUGCUUUACAAUGAAUCAAGUUCGGGUUUUAACUGAACUGCUUAUAACCCUUCCCCUCGGGAGAGCAAGUGAGAAAAUUGGAGCUAUGCUUAGUUCCUUACUUCCUUUACUAAAUGAACAAUCUCAGUUGGCCAUCACAGAAAAUUUGUUGUCUAUUUUAGAAGGCAGGCCUGAUAUAAGUAUGCAUACCCUCUUAUCUUCAUUCCCAUUUGGAAGCCUGCAUUGUUCGAGCUUGGACACUCUGGUCAAUCGAUGUGUUGAUGAAUGGAGAGCUGUCUGUGAUUUGCUAGUGGAUGAGCGGCUCGUUCUGGAUGCCUUUUACACUAUGCAUCAAUAUGUGGCAUGUUUGGCUUCAAUCAUGAGCUGUGUCAAACAUCGUAAUUCCUUGGCUGAGAGUACUCGGCACGACCUGUUGAGUUGGAGUUUGGAGAUUAUAGGAGGAGCCCAAGGAUUGAUUCAGCACGUUCAAGAACACGAAAGAUCGAAGCCAUUUCGCACGAUUGAAGACAUUUUUUCAUUCCUGAGGUCCAUACAACCACUUGACCCUGCCGUACUGAUCCAAGUUCUAGAAACAAUUAUUUCAUGGGAGGCAUUGCCUUCUGACUUGCGACCACUGUCAAGAAUAUCUAUCUCCAUGUUCCUUCGAUCGUGUUCUACUGUGAAGAUAGAAGAUGAAACUCAUUUGACUCAUGCUAAAUCUUAUAUGCAACAGCUCUAUACAUCUCUCCUACAGGAUACUGAGUGGACAGUUAUCCACGAGAGUGUUAUGAGUUUGAUUGAGUUCUGUGUAGAUGGCGCGCCUGUGUUGCUCGUAGAAUCACUCCUCCAGGAAUGCAUCCCAGAGGCAUUUCGCGAUAUAAUUUUAAGGCUGGUAGAAGAGGAGAGGAAAGGCUACAAUUUCGUGUCAAUGCCUGAAGACUUUCAAACUUUCUGGACUACGAUGGGAGCGCGAACGAAGUUGGUACAGUCGCAACGUUUUUGCACCAGCACGGUGUCUGAUUUACAGGCUGUAACUGGUGCCCGUCCAUCCUCUUAUGCGUGCAUGUCCGCGGUAAAGACAGUGGCGCAAUACCUGGAAGUGGUCAAUACAAAUGAUGAGGAUAAUGAAUUCAAGGAGAGGCUGUGGAGAGAGCUUGAAAGGAUUCAGAAACUGGCCAUGCUCCACAAGCAUGCAUCUGUACGAUUCUAUAUACCGUAGAAUAUGUAUGAUACAGCCGAGUACAUAAUACAUUAUUGAAAUAAUUUUCUAGCACAUACCUUGCUUAUUAAGCACCAGAUUAUUUCCAAUGGAUCUUAUUAUGAGGAGCAAGAGCAUUCUUUCUUCUCUUCCAUUGUUACCUUGAGAGACAUGAGUAAUAAUAAAGUAGUG